CGGGACUGUUCUGGAUUUGGGGCGAGGAAGGUCUACGAGCGCUGACAAGCCGCUGAACAAGGUGUAAAGCUCGCUCGCUUGUCGCAGACAAGCAAUCCCCUGUUACCUGAGGAGAUUGCCGCCCCACCAACCAAGAUAUGAUUAAACUAGUGGAUUAGACCGUAGCGGCCACAGGAUCAACCAUAGGGUCGAAGGAGGAGUGUAAUGGCCUGAGGGGGUUCCCCCCACUACAACCUGCCCCUGCCAGGUCCAAACCACCUAAUCUGCCUGCUCAGUCACUGCAACCCACUGCUGUGAUGGGAGACGGACUGGAGGCAGGCAGCAGCCAGAACCCUCCCUCCGCCACAGCACCUCUCCCCUUCAACCCCCCUCCUCCAGAAACAUGGAACCCUUCCAGACCCAAACGACAGACCAAUCAGCUUCAGUACCUGCUCAAAGUGGUGCUGAAGACAUUGUGGAAACACCAGUUUGCAUGGCCCUUUCAGGCACCUGUAGAUGCAGUCAAACUGAAUUUGCCUGACUACUACAAGAUAAUAAAGAAUCCUAUGGACAUGGGCACAAUAAGAAAACGCCUGGAAAACAACUACUACUGGAACGCCCAGGAGUGUAUCCAAGACUUCAGCACAAUGUUCACAAACUGCUACAUCUACAACAAGCCUGGAGAUGAUAUUGUCCUUAUGGCUGAGGCUUUGGAAAAGCUUUUCCUGCAGAAGAUCACAGAGAUGCCGCAGGAAGAGGUAGAGAUUGCUGUGGUCACUAAGGGACGACGUGUGGGGAGGCGGGAGCCCUCUCUAAUGACCAUGUCGGAUUCAGGCCAAGACUCAUCUUCUCCUUCUACUACUCCACAUACUAGAGGUUUUUCAUCCCCUGCAACCACUCCACACACCCGUGGCACACCAACACAACCCGUAGCCCAGCUCCUACCCCAACCUUUAGUCCCGCCUUUACACCAACCCUUACCCCAGACUUUAGCCCAGCCCUUAGCUCUUCCUCAAGUCCAAACCCAACUCCCACGGGUACCUCCUACACCAACAAACCACGCUUCUCAUCUUGCUGCCACGUUCCCCCUCUCAACCCCAGAUGUCCUCGCCCAAGGUAUGACAUGUGUCCCUCCUCCAGCCUUGACGCACCCAGGCCUCCAUCCUGCUCCAGUGCUGCCGAGCUCCCCGGUCCCUGUUAAGCCAAGGAAAAGCCAGAAGAGGAAAGCUGAUACCACCACACCUACAGCCAAUGACCAGCUAAGCGAAUCACCUCCAGUGUCGGAUGUGACUCGGCCUCGUAGGGACAGCACUCGGCCAUCAAAGCAGCCUAAAAGAGACUCCCUGCAGCCGGACUCCCAGCACUUUAUAGGCGGAGGCUUGGAGACGGGAGGGACGGGGAUAUCGAAGCGUCAGGAUCAGUUGCGUUUCUGCGCACGCCUUGUCAGAGAGAUGUUGUCUAAGAAACAUUUAGCUUAUGCCUGGCCUUUUCACAAACCUGUUGAUGCAAAAGCUCUCAACCUACACGACUACCAUGACAUCAUCAAGCAUCCAAUGGAUCUCAGCACCAUCAAGAAAAAGCUAGAUAACAGACAGUACAGAGACGCCCAAGAGGUUGCUGCAGACGUCCGGUUGAUGUUCUCCAACUGCUACAAGUACAAUCCACCAGACCAUGAUGUUGUAUCCAUGGCACGUAAACUGCAGGAUGUGUUUGAGAUGCGCUUUGCUAAAAUGCCAGAUGAAUCAGAAGAGCUCACUCCAGUUCCCACACCGUCUUUGGCCCUCCAUUCUGUACCAUCUACUCGACAAGUCCCUCCUCCAUCUGCUGCAUCAGAAGACGACAGCUCAAGCUCCUCUGAUUCCGAGUCCUCCAGAGGAGGCUCUGAACAGGAACGGCAACAGAGACUGGCUGAGCUACAGGAGCAGGAAUUGUGGUCGAGGGCUGCACAAAAUCGUUCAGAGGGCUGCAGAUGGCCCCCAAGCCGCACUUUGGACAUCCCUGGGCUCAAAGCUGUGCAUGAACAGCUGGCAGCGCUUUCCCAGCCGCAGACCAGCAAACCCAAGAAGAAAGAGAGAGACAAAAAAGAGAAGAAGAAGGAAAAGCAUAAAAAGAAGUUGGAAGCAGAUGAACCUGCAAAAACUCCUCCUCAUGCAGUCCUUCAGCCUCCUAAGAAAAGCAAGAACAAAGAUCCUGUCAUGAUAAAGGAGAGGAAAAAGUCCAGUAAAAAAGAUGACAUCAAAAACAGCCGACCCGCUGUGCCCCCUCCUUCAGCCCCCGUCGCUCUUCUGCCUUCAGCUUCUCUGGAAGCAGAGGAUGAUACAGAUGUUGCUGUUUGCAAGCCGAUGUCUUAUGAGGAGAAGCGCCAGCUGAGCCUGGAUAUAAACAAACUGCCUGGUGACAAACUAGGCCGAGUCGUGCACAUAAUCCAGACGCGUGAGCCAUCGCUGAAAAACUCUAAUCCAGAUGAAAUAGAGAUUGACUUUGAGACCCUGAAGCCCUCCACACUGAGGGAGCUGGAAAAGUAUGUUUCUACCUGCCUCAAAAAGAAGAAAAAACCAUCAGUAGAGAAGUCUCUGGAAAUGGCCAAGAUAAAGACGGGAUCUUCAUCUUCAGGCAGCAGUGAUUCCUCAGACAGUGAAGACUCUGAGAAUGGGCUGGUUCCCAAGCAACAGAAAAAGACUUCUACCAACAAGGACUUCAAGAGAGGACACCACCAGGCUCCCAGCAGUGGGACGAUCCCAGCUGCUCCCACAGCUCAAACGCAGCCUCAGCUGGUCCAAUCAAAACCCCAGUUUGUAGCUGCGCCUUCUGUCCCGCCUCUGGAUUCGUCUCAGCUCAUGUCAUCAGGAUUUGAUCCUCUGGCCCACUUCAUGAACUCUCACCUGACUGAUUCUAACACAGAGUCCAGCGCAGCGGUUACAGCUGCUGUAGCUACUCUGACCCCUGGCCUAAUUAAUGCCAACGCACCCACCAACCAGACACCAACUGAAACGCAUCCUUUCCUAAACCAGCAUCCAAUCAUACCUUCCCCAGCGAUCCACAAUGCUCUUCCCCAGCAACCACCCAGACCCAGCAACCGUGCUGCACCUCUUCCGCCCAAACCUCAACCAGCCUCCUCCUCUCUCCCUUCCCUGGUUCCGUCUGCGGCCCCGCAAGUUCAACCCACUCUUCCCCUGAACCUCCCUCAGCCUGUUCCCCGCCCACGUGUCCCAUCCCCACCAUCACACGGCAUUCUGGGUACCCUCUCAGCUUCACCUCCCCAAGCUUUGUUGGAGGAUGACGAAGAGCCCACGGCAAACAGCUCUGAAACAACACAGCUCAGUCAGGUUCACAACCUCCUGCAGUCGCUUCAGGCGAGACCCACAGCGCCGCCGCCGCCGCUGCGCACACACUCACCUGGACAGGCUGCUCCUCAGCUCAUGCCAUCAAUGCACACACAGGGCAUGACACAAGCCCCUCCUACCCAGACACAGAGACACAUCCCGACUCAUGUGACGCAGCUGUUCCCAAAUGCCCACAUCUCGGCGCCUCAGCAGCAAAAGGGAGCAGCCCUGCAACAGAAGGUACAACAGUUACAACAUCAGCAACAACCAUCCCCACAAAACACAGCAGAGGCCUUCUCUAAUAAAGGCUGCCUGCGUGAAAGCCCCUCCCCUCUGAUGAUGCAUUCGCCUCAAAUGCCUCAGUUUCAUCCUAUGGGACAGCAGUCACCUUUACAGACCAAAAAACAUGAACAGAGAUCCAACCUGGUUGGAGUUAAAGAGGAGAAGCUUCCACAGUCUCCUGGUCUACCUUCUUCACCUUUCAAUCCUGCAAUUCGUCAAGACGCAAACAAACCUGACAACACACACAGUGUAGAGAUAAAGCCACUUGAUGGUUCUCGCCCCGUCCCCCGCCUCCCAAACUCCUCAUCACCGGCUGCCUCCCAGCAGGACAUUAAAGUCAAGCAAGAACCCAAGACCCCGAUUACAUCCAAGAAAACUCAGGAUGUGAAAUUAAAGAACAUGGGUUCCUGGGCCAGCCUGGCUCAGAGGUCCCAGUCUGCCCCGACCUCAUCACUGCGCUCAUCUAGUGACAGUUUCGAAAGGUACAGACGGGCGGCCAUAGAGAAAGAGGAGAGGGAGAGACAGCUGAAAGUGCAGGCGGAGCAGGCAAAGAGAGUGCAAGAAAUGCUACGCCGUGACGACGAUGACACAAUGGAGCAGGGUCGUCGAGGGCGACAGUCACCCCUUGCUCCAACCCCUCCAGCCCAGUCCUCUCCGCCCAGUCACUCCCCUCAAGCUCCUCCUGCCCCUGCCAAACAGGCCGCGCCUCCGCCCCCCUCGGCUGCACACAGCGCUCUGGACCAGCAGAGGGACAGGGAGCGCCUUCGCGAGCGGGACAGGCGCUGGAGAGAGGCGAUGACGGAUAAUAUUGACAUUAAUUUCCAGAGUGAGCUGAUGGCCAUUUUCGAGGAGAGUCUUUUCUGAAAGCUAAAGGAUGAUGGAACGAGAGAAGGACUUAAAGUUACAACAUUUGCAUAUUUACAAAAAAAAACAAAAA